AGAAUGAGGGGGAAAAAAUUGAAAGGAGGAGUAGAAAAGUGAUGGGAAAUGCAUGCAUAUCUGAGAAGGAGGAUUGUAGUUUGAGGCUGCAGAAUGGGAAAGAGGGAAGAGACUUAUGCAUCUAGUAAUAGUGGUUCAGUUUCAGUUGGCUGGACCUUAUUUCUGCUGUAAAGUUAAUCCAACGAAUUACAGCCAAAGUCUCACUGUAGCAAAUCUUAGGAAGAUGGGAUGCAGCUCAUCAGCAUACCAACCCAAGUGUAUUUAUCUGGAUAUUAAUGGAAGAAUUCAAAAGGUGACUUUCAGCAAGUAUUGCAAUUCUACAGAUCUUAUGGAGCUCUUUUGCAUUGCUACAGGAUUACCAAGGAAUACAACCAUUUCACUCUUCACAGCUGAUGACUGCAUGGUAUCCAUUGAUCCCAUGAUGCCAACCAACUCCGAAAGGACUCCUUACAAAGUAAUACCUGUGGCCACUGGACAGCAAACAGAGAAAGAACAAUUGUUUCAGAAUUUGCUGGAGCAGGUGGUUGAGCAAUUUUCAAGGGUAUUUAAAAUUGAUGAAUUGAAAACUGAAGUAUUUAAUCAACUGGCAAUGCUGGAGAAGAGAGUGGAACUGGAAGGACUGAAAAUAGUGGAAAUUGAAAAGUGUAAGAGUGACAUUAAAAAGAUGAGGGACGAAAUGGCUGCAAGAAGUACCAGGACCAACUGCCCUUAUAAAUACAGUUUCCUGGAUGAAAACAACAAGCUUAUACCCCGAAGGGAUGUCCCCUCUUAUCCUAAGUACAUGCUUUCUCAGGAGACAAUAGGAGCUCUUAGGAAACCAACUUUUGAUGUCUGGCUGUGGGAACCCAAUGAGAUGCUGAGUUGCUUAGAACAUAUGUAUCAUGAUUUAGGACUGGUGAAAGACUUUAACAUCAACCCUAUCACACUGAAACGGUGGCUGCUGUGUAUUCAUGACAAUUACAGAAACAAUCCAUUCCAUAAUUUCCGACAUUGCUUCUGUGUUACCCAGAUGAUGUACAGCAUGAUCUCACUCUGCAACCUCCAGACAAAGAUUUCCAAAAUGGAUAUCUUAAUGCUAAUGACAGCAUCAGUGUGUCAUGAUCUGGAUCACCCAGGUUAUAACAACACGUAUCAGAUCAAUGCACGAACAGAGCUAGCUGUGCGAUAUAAUGAUAUUUCCCCACUAGAGAAUCAUCACUGUGCAGUGGCUUUCCAGAUCCUUGCACAGCCAGAAUGCAACAUUUUAUCCAAUCUUGAUAAGGAACAGUUCAAACGGAUCAGACAGGGGAUAAUUACAUUAAUCCUAGCAACAGACAUGGCACAGCAUGCUGAAAUACUGGAUUCUUUCAAAGAAAUCUUAGAUGAGUUUGCCUAUUCAAAUGAGGAACAUGUAACUCAGUUGAAGAUGAUAUUGAUCAAGUGCUGCGAUAUCUCCAAUGAAGUUCGCCCAAUGGAAAUAGCAGAACCAUGGGUGGACUGCUUAUUGGAAGAAUAUUUUAUGCAGAGUGACCGGGAAAAGUCUGAAGGCCUUCCAGUGGCACCUUUUAUGGACCGAGACAAAGUGACCAAACCAACAGCACAGAUUGGCUUCCUCAAAUUUGUUCUUAUUCCAAUGUUUGAAACUGUAACAAGGCUUUUUCCAGAAGUUGAAGAAGUAAUGCUCCAGCCACUUUGGGAAUCCAGAGAUCGCUAUGAGGAGCUGAAACAAAUAGAUGAUGCUAUAAAAGAGGUCAGGACAGCACCUUCUCAGUUUCAGAAGAAGAAGAAUGAAAGUUUGACGUGUGAAACCAGAGAGAAGUGAAAAGCAAAGCACAAAGAAAGCAUUACAGUUGAUUAAAAAAAGAUCCCUUAGAGGCUUGGCAAGUUCAUCGAAGCAUUGUGGGAUUAUCCAGCAUGGACCAAGGAUGAAGCUGAAUAAUUAACACUACUCAAGCACUUUUCACAUUCCUUUUCUAAAGACUAGUAUUUUUCCUAAUGGGUACAAAUGUUAAAGAGCCACCAUUGUUGCAUAAUUUUUUAUUUUUUAUUUUUAAAUGGUCUUUUAAAUAAUAUAUUCUUAUACCAAAACAAAACAAACAAAAAUGGUUGUUGUAAUUAUUCCCUUUUGUAUAUUUUAUAUGUGGUUAUUUUUAAUGCUUUGGGGGAUUUUCUGGGAAUGUUGGGGUGUGUGUGUGAUGAAUUUAUAUGAAGAGUCAUUUCAGAAAUAGUUACAGUAUAUGAAUAGGAACCAGAUUCUGCCCCCCUUUUUGCCUUCUGUCACUUUUCUCACAUGUUUGACCAAACAUCAGUUUCAGGCUAGCUAAAAAAAACAGUUUUCUGCUUUACUGGUCAGCAGCUGUUUGCAGUCAAACAGCUUGAGAAAAUUGAAGCCUGAGGCUACCCCUCAUUGCUUGUUCCUCAUUCCAUUUUCACAAAUGCUGCUUCAUUACAUUCAUUUUUAUAACUGAACUGUUCCCUCUAAAAACAGAAAUUACGUCCGAGGAAAUUAAGUGUGCAGUCUGCUAUUUUCCCAGAAAGGCAUGUGGCCUCCAGAAAGAUUCCAAAACUUGUUGCCAAAUGAUCAUUUUUAAUGUGACUCCCAAAAUAUAAAAUUAUUAAUUCUGUGCUGUAAUUCUAUUAAUAAUUUAUUUUAAAUUGCAUGACAUGUUAAUUUCAAGUACAUUUUAAAUCUAAUCUAGUUUUUAUUGUAGUCUUGACCACUUUUUGGAAUGUGAUUCUUGGCAAACCGUUGUAAGACCUGUCCUUAAAUACUGAAACAAUUAGGAUGCUGUUGAUAUGUGUGGCAUUAUUGACGGAUUCAGCAACCCCAUGAAGCCAGGAUUUUGGGGCAGAGACCCAGAAGCCUAACCAGCAGAUGAAUCACCUUGUCAUGCAAUAGUUCUAGCUUUCUCCACUUUAAAGUAAACUAUUACAAAUUACCAGUAAAAGAAGGAUUGUCAGAUGAAGUGUAGAAUCCUUCAAAACACAAUUCAACUGUUUUCUCAGCAUUUCCUCUACAGCAGCAGUUGGGCAAAACCUAACUGGCUUAGCUAGUGAAAUUCUCCAAAACACUGUAUCAGGAGGAUCAGUCCCAGAUCAGACACAAAUCUUGGAUAUGGAAGGAGUCUAAAAAUUAUCUACCUCUGUUAUUCAAAAGCUCAAUAAGCUGCCUGGACAGGAAGAGAGAUUGAUGGGAACCACAACUACACUGUUCUUUCAAGGACGAAUGGUGCGUUAGUGUAAUCAGUAGCUAAAGCUGCACUUGGAGUAGGUAUUUUUCUUCUACCUUGCUUUAGUUUUUAUCACUACUCUAAAUUCUUUUGGUAUACAGACUCAUUUGGUCUUAUAUAGUUGUCUGAAAUAAUCUACUGACAUAACACUUCAGUAAGCUUAUGUUCACCCAGUAAACCAUUGGCAAGAUUUGGUUUAACCAAACUUGGUAUGUCUGCAAUAUUUUUUUAUUUGAAGAUUACCUCAUGUAGUAGAUAUCCUGUGAAAAGGAAUAUUGCAGCUUACUUGUUAAAACCUUCACAGUUGGGAAAAUCACAAGAUGGGAUAGAGUAGACCUUCAAAAACAAACCAACAAAUCUCAUUCAAAAUAAGGUGUCCCAGGCUGAUAACCUUGGUAGAAAGGAAAGUUAAUGUCUUCAGAUGUCUGCCUACAUUGGCCAAGAGAUUGGAAACUAUUUUAUAAAGGUGAGAAUGAUUAUGGUCCAGUUUGGAGUAGAACUUCUGCUCAGUUAAUGCAUCUCUUCAAACCAUGUGUGCUGCAUUGGGCCAAAGGAUAUUAACACAGGGCCUUGUGCACACAUAUCACAUUCAAAAGCUAGAAUAGGCAAAAUAAGAGGUUUAAAAAAAGAUGUAAGUCUGGUUCAAAUAUCACGUUAAAGUACAAUAUGAUUUAAUUUUGACUUGGUGUGCCAUGUGGUCUUUAUUAUCAUUUAUUAUCCACAGCUAAUGGUUUUUGUUAUGCCCAGGAAAUUUGGCUUAACAUAAUGUGUGAAAAAAUGUUGAGAAAAGAUAUGUUAUUUGACUGGGAUAAAAUGAGGUACAAAAAGAUCCUUGAAGGGCUUCUGUAUGGUGCACUGAGUUUUGACAGCCGAGUCAAGAUUAACCAAUAAAUGAAAAAUCUUGGGAAGAAAUGUGAUGGGCAACAUAUAGACAAAUGAAAUUUUGGGCAUACUCCUUGUAAAUGUGCUAAGUUUAGCCAAAAGUUUUGCUUAAUUGUAUAAUAGACUGCCCUUAUUUGAGAGUGACAAUGGACUGUUUUAAUUGUGCAGGAUCCAAUCCAGGACCAGAGGCUUUGCCUUUGUUUUAAUUAUUGAAGUACUGUAUAUUGAUUUACUCACAUAUACUGCCCACAGUCAGCCAGAUUGGGGCAGCUGAUACAAGUUCUUAAAUAAAUACAGAAGAGCACCAGAAAUACGUACAAAACAGAAAAAUACCUCUGUGAUGUUUGUUUCAGUUCUUCAAAACAAAUGCUUAGAAAAUACAUUGAAGUUGAACACAAUGAUCCAAAAGAAAUAAAUACCUACUACCUACCUUCUUCACCUACCAUCAAGGUGGUGCUAAAAUGAGAAUGCAUGGAAUUUCUACUCUGAACUUUCAUAAGUUGUUCUACUUAUAAAUGCAGAGCCACACAUAAGGAAGGUGCUGCAUUCCAAGGACGUAAAUGUUUCUUCUUGAAGAACACAUCCAAGCCAUAUGCCUGCUAGUUGAAAUGCUGCUUGCUAAAUCCCAAUUCUUUUCACAAAAAAAGGAAAUAUGUAGGUGGGAGCUCAGACUUUUCUUCCACACAAAACAGGAAAUAAAUGCAGGCUUCCUUUGCCAGAAGACAAAGCUGGUUCACUUAACUGAAUAAUAAAUCUCCCCAUGUUCAUUAUGGUAAGAUGCUUUGGAGGACCAUAACUUGUAUUCAUCUUUGGAUUUUAAUGUACUUCUCCAUGUGCUUGGACGAAUGAUUUGCUGUUUUUUAAUCCAUCUCUGGUGAUCAAGAGUAUUGUUUAAUCCACCCGCAAUGUAGACUUUGCACAAUUAUGUAGUCCUUCAAUCAGUAAUUAGCCCACUUCUGAGGAAGAAGGUUGCAAAUGUUCUUAUUUAUGAGUUGUUGUUUGGAGGCACUUAUAAAUCAAAUGAAUUAAAUGCAUUCUUCUAAACAGCUGUAACUUCUUCUUAAAAUGAAACCAAAAUACACUGCUAUUAUGUUCUGUUAUUGUAUUUCUGAUAUUUAUCACAAGUCUCUGGGCUGCUUCCCUCUCCAAAUUAAAGCUGAUUAUAUGAGAAAAAAUUGGUUUGAAGCAAUUAAUAGGCCUUUAGAGGAAAACUGUAAAGAGCUUGCACCUGCAUCUUCUAUUCAUUGCCAUUAUAUAUCAGCAUAUUAACUUGUUAUUACACUCUUAGCGGCUAAGUCUACCAGUCUUUGAGAGCAAAAUUCAUUGCUGUUUAUGACCUCCAACAGCUCUCAUAGGUUAACAACAGAGUAUUUAAAAACCUGUUUUUUUCCUGUCAUAAUUUUAAUAAAAACAUAUGGCCAUAUGUUUUAAUAAAAUGGCCAGAGACAAAAAAGUUGGAAAAUACAGAAUAUAGAUCUGGGUAUUUGUGCCUAUGACUAAGUUACCUAGAUUACCGACUUUCACUGUUAUGACCUAAAUUUGGCCACGAUUUUGGAAGCUUCCUGAUCCUGGUCAUUUAGAAAGUAUCCCACAAUUGCCAAUCCAGAUCAAUUUUGUCUAGGGUUAGGAGCAUCAGAAGACCAAAUCAGUAUAAUUUUAAAUGUUGCAUCAUACAUGCUAACAAGAUACAAAUAUUUCAAAUUCACACUAAACUACAUGGUAUUGUCUACAUAAAAAUUAUAUGUACAUUCAUGUCCCCAACACUUCUCUUAAGUUCAUCAUAAGCAUUUCUUAUACAUUUUUACACAAAGAUAUCAAAUACCCAAGGUGGUCUCAUACAUCCUAGUUUAAUUCCUGCUCAAUGUCAAACCAUUUAUUCUCAUGCAUGCUUUAUAUUGUAUUAUUACCAUGUUCAAUAAUCAACUUAUAGGUGUUCAAAGUGUUCUGUAAAUCAAACCUAUUCACUUUAUCAUAUUCUUUUUCAAAAUCACAAAAUGUGCAAUAAAUUUUAUUUCUCUGUUAUUUGCUAAAGAUCAGAAAUGUGAUCUGUAUAUUUCUUUUUUGGCAUAAAGUCACAUUAAAUAUCUCAAAUUUA